AUGUCAAACAACACGAACACCGCCGCAACUCCCAAACAGAACCUCAAUAACAUUGUGUCGCACUUUUCAACCUUUGUGAUCGCCCUCACGGGUAAGCCCAAACAUGCGCAAUUCAACACCAUCUUCCAAAGCCUCGAAACUUGGAGCAAAGGCAACAACUCCAACCGAGCCUACAACGCCCACGAGGAGUCCAACUUGAGCAAACUGUGGACCGAAUACUUCCAGCCCAUCCCUGGAGAGGAGAACGACAUAUCUUUAAGUCGUUUCCUACAAUCACGUAACCCUGAGUGGACCUGCACUAUGGAGAGGGAGAGAGGGAGGGAGAGAGGCUGA